GGGGACGCCGGACACAACGAAAAGUGAGGCCAACCGACGCGGGGCCGACCCGUCAGCGGCACAGGGAAAAUUCGUCUCACACUCCCGCCAAAUCCCGCCGCUCCCGCCAAAUCGCGCCUAUACCGCCGCGCACAGGCCUCCCAAAACAUAUCCCGCCGCCGAUUCAUUUCUCCUAUCCCGCCGAUUUCUUUCUCCCUCCCGCCGUCCACCCGCCGCCGCUACCCUCUCCCCAUUCCAUGGCGCCGCCGACAGCCCCAAAAAGAUGGCGAAGAAAGCGGCGAAGAAGCCGCCGGGCAAUGCGACGAAAGGGGCGAAAGCGCCGUUCGCGAAGCCGCGGAAGGCGCCGGCUGCGAAGAAGAAGCCUGAAGGAAUGACCGAAGAUCAAUGGCAGCAAGAUUGCCUGCGCCGGAAGCUAUCGACGGCGGAGCGGAAAGGACGGAGGGCGGUGGAGCUGGAGAAGAAGGCUCAGGCGGCGCGCCAGCACCAGCACGUAAUGGCCGGGUGUAUCGCCGCCACCAACGCGAGCCCAUGGAGUACGUCCAUGCCGGUGUACGUUCCGGGAGUGAUCUCUCCGUCGCAAGCCGCCUUCUACAACGACGGCCCCUCCGCCACUCCCGGGUGCGUGACGCCUAACUUGUCGCCGCACUACCAGGAUGCGCUGCCGCACGGCGGCUUCAACCCCAACAACCUCUACUCCCCGGCGUACGAGCAGCGCGAGCCAGGACCCGGUCCGGACGGCGACCCUUUCACCGGCCGCAGGGGUCCGCUCGAAUACGACGGCGCCGAUGCUGAGGAGGACGACGGGGUUGAGGAGGAGGACGACGACGAAGAGGAGGGGGUGGAGGACGAUGAGGAGGACGAUGAUGAGGACGAAGAGGGCGGCGAGGAAGAGGACGACGACGGUGCCGGUGACGAUGAUCUCGUGGAGGUAGACGCGGACGGCGUGAGGACGAAGAAGAAGAAGAAGAAGAAGGCGUCGGGCACACGAGGCCCGAAGUGGACGCCUCUGGAAGAUCUUUGUCUGUGCGAGUCAUGGGCGACGGUGAGCCAUGACUCCAUCAUCGGCGCCAACCAAAAAGGCGGGAAGUAUUGGGCGAGAAUCAAGGCCGAGUUCGAUGAGCGCAAGCUCAUCAACAGCGACUACAACAAAGUGACAAUGAAGAGGAGCCAAAAGGCAAUGUCGACGCGAUGGGCCAUCAUCCAGGCGUCGGUGAACUCCUUCCAUGGGUACCAUCACGACUUAGAGACCAGAGGCGACAGCGGCGCCGACGUCGCCAAACUGUUUGAUCGGGCCAUGGAUUUGUACGCGAAGAACUCGGAAGGUCACAAGUCUUUCGUGCUCAUGCAUUGCUAUGGCAAGCUCAAAAUGAAUGAGAAAUGGCGGCUGACGCGCUUGUCGCUGUCCAAGGGGAAGGACGUCAUUGAUCCGGACGCGCCGCUGGCAACUUCGACAGGGCGUCCUACUGGCAACAAGGCUGCCAAGGCCGCCUUGGCCGACACUGCGUCGUCUGAGAAGACGCAGGCGUCGAUCACGAAAUGCCUCGCGGACGUCUCCUCGACCUUUAUCUCCCGCGACAAGAAGGCCGACCAAAGGUGGGCCGAGCUGCUCAAGAGGCAAGAGGAGAAGCUGGAGCUCAAGAAACGCAGGGACGACAUGUCCCUGCUGAGAACGUCGACAGAGGGAAUGUCUCCCCGGACGCGAGCGGCGCACAACUUCUUCAAAGGCCAGAUCCUCGACGACAUCGAAGCCAAAAUGGCGGCGGCGGACGCGGCGGCCCUGGCAGCGGCAUCGGCAUCGGCGGCAGCGGCAGCGCAGCAAGAGCAGGCUGACGCGUCUUCUACUGCUACACCUGCGUCGGCCUCUGCGUCGGCGACGGAGCAGACGCACCAUGCACAGGAACAGGCAGAUCGCGAUGAGGUCGUCGUGCUCGACGGGCCUUCGUCGACUCAGGAUACGACGACGUCGCCCAACCCCUUCCCCUUCUUCUAAUUUGCAUGCACCACCGGUCUGUAAUAUGAUCGCGCGCCCAGUACUUUGAUCGAUCGCCGCUACUCUGAUCGCGACGAAUCGGCGGGAACGAUCUCUUUUGAAUGCAUCUAUUUGAAUUUCUGAUUGGGGGCGGCGUUUGGGGGACGC